GUAGAAGCAGAGGUACAGCAGUCACGAUGGUAUAGCGUAGGUCCUUCUACCGUCCCCAAGCAGCCAAGUGGGAGUGAGAUUACCUUGGUACAGCGGCCGUGGGCCUAUUUACCUUCACACUCGGCUCCAAUGAACACUGGCAAAAUCCUCAGCAGUCAACUCGUUGCUCUGUCGAUCCUUUCGGUAUAUGGGAUACCAGAAAAAGGACUGUUGAAAGUACCUAGGAUAUACAAUGUCUUACUAUCAUCGAACGAAAUGCUCGUGCCGAGUCAAGCCUAUCCAGUAAUCUCGCCAGUCCUUCAGCCCAUCAGUUCAGUAUAUUUUUCACAAAAGAGCUACGAAUUGAACGCCGAAACGACAGAAAAACCGCAGGUGACAUCGUACGAGAUGCCAUCUCAUCCCAUCGUAGAGCCAGUGCUGUCGCAGAAUAUAAAAAACCACAAGCCAGUAAACGCCGAUAUCCCUGAUGUUCCACCACCCCCAUUGCCAUUUACAAUUAAAGAAAAACCUCAAAAUAUGCAAAAUGUCUAGAACAGUUAAUAUGUGAUAUGUAUUUUAUAUUUUUAAAAUAAAUAAAUAUUUUAAUUACUUUGUGCCACAUGUUAA